UGCUCAAAAGUGGUGCCAAAGAUUAUUCCCAUUUUCUGCCAUGUAGAGCCCACUGAUCUCAGAUAUGUAGCUCAAAAGAAAGGAAAGUACGCUGCUGCGUUUGAGAAGCAUGAUAAGAAGCUUAGAUAUAGCCCAGAAAAGCUAAAGGAGUGGAAAGAUGCACUCUACAAGGUCUCGUUUUUCACUGGCGAAAUCAUUAAAAAUAAUGAUGAUGAGACUAGACUGUUCAAGAAUAUUGUGAAUAUUGUAUUGAAAGAAAUAAGCAAUGUGCCACUAGUAGUUGCAAAACAUCCUGUGGGUCUCAACAAAGCAGCAGAAGAUUUUGAGAAUACAGUCCAAUUGGCUCAAGGUGAUCAGGGUGUACAAAUUGUGGGUAUUUGGGGUAUGGGUGGUUCUGGAAAAACUACGCUUGCCAAAGAAUUAUAUAACAAAAGAUUCUCAUCUAUGGAGAGUUCUAGUUUUAUUUUUGAUGUUAAAGAAGCCAAAGGAAUGUUACACAAGAAGCAGAUUCAACUCCUCAAUGGCCUUGGCGUGAAUGGAACAUUUGACAAUGUAGAGCAAGGUAAGGCAAUUCUUGCAAGGCAUUUGAGACCUUUUAGGGUGUUGGUUGUUCUGGAUGAUGUGGAUCAUGAGGAUCAAUUGGAUGCUCUGUUACCUGCAAAAGAAACCCUUAGAGGGGGCAGUCUUAUCAUUGUUACAACACGAGAAUGUGAAGUUCUUACAGCUUGGGGGAUAUCUUCUGUAUAUAAAAUGAGAGCAUUAGAUCCAUUUAAUGCCGAGCAACUCUAUUGUUGGAAUGCUUUUUUACAACCCUUCCUGUUGAUGGAUUUGUUAUCCUCAAAAUCUGAUUCCCUUCAAUGUCUUUAG